AUUAAAGGAAGAGAAUUCAUGCAGGUGGAAAUGAAUGAGAUUGCAUAAAAAAAAAAUAAAAAAGAAAAGAGGAAUAGUUAAAAAUUGAACAUUACCGUGACUCAGAUUGGUGGUUCCGCUCUCUGUUUUGUUUUUACGUAUAAAAAUCCAUCAACAAGCAUCAUAGUUCUAAAAGUCGUUGAAAGAAACAAAGGAAGGAAGAAAAAACGACAUUUCGUUUUAGUUGAGUGUGUAGGCCACAUUCAUUAUUUCGUUGCCGGUGAAUUCUCUUUAUUGUAUGAGAAUUGAUUCAGCUUCAAGGUCCAUUUAUGAAAUAGGAAAGAAACUUUUCAACUCGGAAUCGAGUUUUUUGGGUAAGAAUCUCUUUGCUCCUUUCUUUUCCCUUUGCGCUUAAAUAUAUCGGGUCCCUUCUUUCUUUCUUGUGUUAUUGACAGUAGUUGCAAACAUUUUUUCUGAAUUUUUACUGUUGUUCCUGUUGUUGAAAAUGGACUCGAAUGACUGUGUCUUGUCUCUUAUCGAUGAGCUAGAACAACGACAACAAACUCUCUCUCGUCUUCAAGCUCAAUUGCAACAGGCGUUUCUCCAACUUUCGAAAAAGAAAGCUCAACAUCCGUCGUAUGCUGCUCAAUUACCUGCUGCCGUGAUUUCCAAGUAUCCUCGAUGCUUUGCUGUCUUCGAUGCCAUGGAAGAAUCUUCAUCGAAAAACAAUCCCUCUACAUCUUCUUCUUUUCAGAUUCGUCUGCAAAGCCAUCCAUCCAUGUCCAAACCCUUUUCUCUGCCGAUGAGCUUUGAUAUUGUGGGCCAUGACUUUUUAUCCUGUUUGCAAGAUAUCAUGCUUCUAUGCAAAUCUAACAAAACCAUUCAGUCUUUAUUGGAAUCCAUGCAAAAAGAAUCCUCAAAUUGAAUAGGUUUCUCUUGCAUUCAUGAAAAAUCAAGCUAGUUGCUGUUGUCAAAAACGACUAGAGAAGAGACAGCGGGACCUCCUGCCUUUUGCCAAUUGAGCUUUUGAGUAAAAUACGUUCCCAUACAAGUGACCUUUCGUUCUUUUGUUUUCUAUAUUCAAUGAGCAUGCUCCUUCAUCAUGAUCCGCUAAACUCGCCCACCUACAACCGAUCCUUUGGCACCGGUACCAUAAGGAAAAUUGAAUAAAAAAAAGAAACGUUUUUUACAAACCGUCUAUGAUCAUGGUUCUUAACCAUGCAUACCCAAGUGUCCGACGAUGCCUAUCAAAAGCGUCGCCCAAGGUUUAAUCACACACACGCCUGGCUUAUUGAAAGUUUCUAUUCAAUCAAAUUGUAGAGUAUCUUUUCGUUUAUUUUUUUUACCUUCAAAACACGCAAUGUAGAAUGUUCCUUGAUGAGAAUUAAAAAUUCCUUAAUCUGGAUUUUAAAACAGAA